AUGAUCAAUAGAAAGUCUCCAAUACCGAUAUCUGAUGGCGACGCAACUUAUCAACAUCCGUCAGUUCAGCCUCAUAUCUACCCUGGCUUGAACCGUAUCCCAUUCGCGGACUCUACUGACAUCGAAGCAUACGCCCUUGCCGCGGCAGUCAGCGCAGUUACAGUCGCACAGCUCAAGCUUUCUUCUGAUGAGACCUUUAGUCAUUUUGAGGGUGACGAUGGCGCGUUCAUGGCUGCCGAAGCUUCAAGGGCGAGAAACGAAAUGGACCAUCUAGAGCAUCCAUCUAUAAGUGUCUUAUUAUCAUCCUUCUUUUUGCAUGUGUCGAGUGCAAACCGCGGCUAUAUACGAAAGGGAGCGAUGCUGUUACGUGAAGCCGUCACAUUUGCACAGAUGCUGGGCCUGGAUAAAGCGCUGCAUUACUCUGGACUGCCUAAACUUGAAGCUCAGCUUCACCUUCGGGUUAUUUGGCUACUAUUUGUGACGGAAAGAGGACACACUACCCGGUUUGACUUUCCCAGGAUAUUACAACUUGACCCCGAGUUACCUGAGCUGGAAGUAGACGAGAACCCUCCAAUUUUAUUUGCCUUCAUUAGCCUAAGCAAGCUUUUCCAGAGUUUUGCUCGUGCGAUGGAUGGCGACGGGACUUCUCAGACGCAAGAAUAUUUUGCUUUUAUGCAUGACCGCUUGCGAGAGGUCAGCCAGGGUCCUCAUAGUUCCACUGACUUACAGAAGGCAGACUUUCUCCUCACGCAGCAAUGGAUGAGAGUUGUUUUGUGGAAAACGUCAAUGUACUACAUCAAUCUUUCGUCCGACGCGACAGAUGAAGGCCUUAGUAUUUGCUUUCCGGAUCGGAUCGCACGAAAUGUAGCCCGAAAUAUAGAAUUGUUUCCCAGGUCUGUCAUCGAGGCGCAUGGUCUUGGAAUGGAAAUGAAGCUGUUUGAAGUGGCAAUGUCUUUGGCCGAUAUUCUGCUCUGUCUUCCAUCGAACUUUGAGGGCAAACAGCUGAUGAACGUUGGCCCGAAAGAUGUUCUAAACCGUCUUGCCCAGUUUCUGACACAUUUCCGCGGCGGCAGCGACAACAAUAUUAAGCUGCAAAUCCUGCAUGAUAAGAUGCAAGAAAUCUCAAGUAGUGUUGUCAGACAACCCCAAAUACUCGAGGACGAUGAUCAGGACCCAAACGCUGAGUGGACUAACCCAAGAAUGAUCUCUAUAAUUGAGUGA